UACACAUUUUUCAUGGGAAAGCAAUAAAUUUUCGUGCGGAAUUUCUUUUUUUCUGUUAAUUGAAUGCGGAAAGAAAAAAUGGUGCAAACCAACAGUGCAGAGACGGACUACAAAGAGCGACUGAUAGCUGGUGUUAAGAAGGAGGUGAAACAGCUUAUGGAAGAGGCAGUAACUAAAAAAUAUAUACAUGAAGAAAGCAGUUCAGUGACACAAUUGUGUGCAGCUGUCGAAGCCUGUCUCAGUCAUGGUCUGCGAAGACGUGCCUUAGGCUUGUUUAAAACAUCUUCCACAACAGCGCUUUUACAUAAAAUAGCAAAAUCAUGUCCAGAAGCUGAAUUUAUUAGUAAGAAAGUGCAAGAAAUUGAAGCUAGCGAUCCGAGUAAGCGUUCUUCUUCAAGCAGUGAAAGUUUCAAUCGUCCUCCGAUGCUCAAAAAAAGCAGCAGUACUUCAGUGACAACGAUGAGCGCAAGUGCUUCACUGAUGUCCUUAGCUUCCAUGAAAUAUUUGUGGAUACGUUUAGCUUUAUUCGAAAAGGGUUUAGCAAAAAUUAUUGAGUACCUGGUAACAAAUGCCAACACUUACUAUGACCGCGAUGCAGUAGUAGCCGAUUCUGAUUAUGGCUCCAUACUUAGCUCGCUAUUAGUUGGUCCUUGUGCAUUGGAUUUUACACGUGCCAAAACUGCAGAUCAUUAUUGGACUGAUCCCCACGCUGAUGAAUUGGUACAACGUCAUCGAAUAAGUUCAGGUCGUCGUUCUUCCUCAACUUGCUCAAGACCAUCAAUUAUUAAUUUUAAACGUAGUCUUAACACUAGCUCGGAUGAAGCAAGCACUAGUUCCUUUAAAUCAAUAGCCUCAGCAACAGUUGCUAAGGAUUAUGUAGAAUCCUUACAUCAAAAUUCUAGAGCAACAUUACUGUAUGGUAAAAAUAAUGUGCAAGUAUUACCAGUUGGUGUAAGCACACCAAUGCCAGGUUAUUUAAGUCUUCAUCAAAAUAUACAAAACUUAAUUAUUAAAUGGACACCGAAUCAAUUAAUGAAUGGUUACAACGAAACUGAAGAGGACGAGGAUAAAGAAACCUAUUGGGCAUAUGCGCUUAAUAUUAAUGUUGAAGAUAUUGUUUAUGUGCAUUGCCAUCAAAAUCGUGGCGAUGAUAGUGGUGGUACAAUUAUAUUGGUAGGACAAGAUGGUGUACAACGACCACCAAUACAUUUUCCAGAAGGAGGACAUAUGCAGCAAUUUUUAAGUUGCCUAGAAACUGGUUUAUUGCCACACGGACAAUUAGAUCCACCAUUGUGGUCACAACGUGGUUUGGGCAAAAUAUUUCCAUGGCCGAAAAGUAUGCGCAGGCGCAUAUUACCCUCAGUUAUGGAAUCAAUGGAUGAAACACCAAUUGAUUAUGUAUUCCGCAUCGUCAGCAAGAGUAAACAUGAAGAAUUUGUUGCAGCACAUUCCAUUCUUGAUUUUGUACGUAGCGCACCACGUCGUGCUCAGUUAAGUAGUUGCUCAACUACUGGUAGCAGUGAUUGCUCAAGCAAAAGUAUAUCCAUUGAUCAAUAUCCAAUGGAAACCCCGUUGGUACAGACAAGUCAAAAUGCGAGCAUCGAGAUGGUUUGCUCUACUAUGCGUCGACAGAUCAUUUCCAGAGCCUUUUAUGGUUGGCUUGCAUACUGUAGGCAUUUGUCAACUGUGCGUACACAUUUAUCUGGGCUUGUGCAUGGACGAAUUACUCCAGAAAUGAAAGCUGAUGAACACGGCUUGACUAAGGAAAGGUGGGAAAAACUAAACGAAAAUGGUGUGGUUACAGAUGACACUGAGUUUUAUCGGUUAGUUUAUUUUGGUGGUACCGAUCCAGAAUUAAGAAAAGAUAUAUGGCCUUACUUGUUAGGACAUUACAGUUUCGGUUCGACUCCUGAGGAACGUCAGAAACAAGAUGAAACCUGUAAACAUUAUUAUGAAACCACAAUGAGUGAGUGGUUAGCCGUUGAUGCCAUUGUACAGCAACGCGAGAAAGAGAAAACAGCUCGCGCAGUCGCCAAGCUUAGUUCUGGAAGUAAUAGUGGCAAUGACAAAACUGUGCGUGCUGCUGAUUUCGAAGCUGUUGAGCUCGAAAAUGAAGUAUUUGAAGAUAUUUCCGAUGUUUCUGAUCCUGGUGAUUUGGAAUUUGAUGAAAAUCAACGACUACAGUCGCCUGCAGUGAGUGGAACGGGUCACUUAUUGGUUAAACCCAUUCCACGUGCAAUGAAAGUAAGCACAGAUUCUGGUCAUGUUGAUGAAGCACUUGAAGAGGAUGAAGAAAGUACAAUGAACGAGAACUGCGAUGCGGGCAGCGAUAGCAAUAAUACUGAUUUACCUACAACAAUUGACACAGAAGAAACGUUCAGAGCUGAUGCAGUUGAGGAUUCAAAAGGUGUGCUGAGUCCUGAAUAUUUAAGUGCAGAUGAUUUACAAGUGAAUUUGGAUGAGGAAGUGGUAGACACAGAUAAUUUUCAAGUUACUGUUUCGCAAAAUGCACAGAAUUGUGGACCUCAAGCGGCAGUUAUUAUAACAGAUGCCUCGGUUGAUAUUGCUAACUGGGAACAGAGUUCACAAACGGGAAGUCGUCAAAUGACACCAGUGCAGGAGCAUGCUAUGGAUGACAACAUUAUAGGCGAGAAAGUUUUUGAUGGUCUACAGGAACCCAAAUCUGCAUGUGUUUCACCAGCCAGCUCAAAUGGUGGGGUUUAUAGUAGCGAACUAUUGGAACAAUUUGGUUUAAAUUUGCAUCGCAUUGAAAAAGAUGUUCAGAGGUGUGAUCGAAAUUAUUGGUACUUUGCAAAUGAGAAUUUGGAUAAGCUUCGUAAUGUUAUUUCAACUUAUGUCUGGGAACAUCUGGAAGUUGGUUAUAUGCAGGGCAUGUGCGAUUUGGUAGCACCACUUUUAGUAAUUUUCGACGACGAAUCUUUAAGUUACAGUUGCUUUUGUAAAUUAAUGGAACGCAUGAUUGAAAAUUUUCCAAAUGGUGGAGCUAUGGAUAUGCAUUUUGCAAAUAUGAGAUCUCUAAUACAAAUUUUGGACUCCGAAAUGUACGAUUUAAUGGAUUCUAAUGGCGAUUAUACACAUUUCUACUUUUGUUAUCGUUGGUUUUUGUUGGAUUUUAAAAGAGAAUUGAUUUACGAAGAUGUAUUUUCGACAUGGGAAGUGAUUUGGGCAGCAAGACAUGUAGCCUCAAGUCAUUUUGUACUAUUCCUGGCAUUGGCUUUACUAGAAACUUAUCGCGAUAUUAUAUUAUCGAAUAGUAUGGAUUUUACGGAUGUUAUCAAGUUUUUUAAUGAAAUGGCGGAACGUCAUAAUGCAACAGCAGUAUUACAACUGGCACGCAGCUUGGUUCUUCAAUUACAAAUGAUAAUUGAAAAUAAGUAGAAAAAAUAUAAUACAAAUCAUA